UCUUCUCCUCGUCACACAAAUUUUUAAAAUGGCAGCAAACCCUAAGGUCUUCUUUGACAUGACUGUCGGCGGUGCUCCGGCGGGCCGCAUCGUGAUGGAGCUGUUCGCAGACACAACACCGCGAACGGCGGAGAAUUUCAGAGCUCUGUGCACCGGAGAAAAAGGAGUCGGACGCAGCGGGAAGCCUUUACACUACAAGGGAUCGAGUUUUCAUAGAGUGAUACCUGGAUUCAUGUGCCAGGGUGGUGAUUUCACCGCCGGGAACGGAACAGGUGGAGAGUCGAUCUAUGGAGCUAAGUUCGCAGAUGAGAAUUUUAUUAAGAAGCACACAGGGCCAGGGAUUUUGUCGAUGGCUAAUGCGGGGCCAGGGACUAAUGGAUCGCAGUUUUUUAUAUGUACGGCUAAGACGGAGUGGCUUGAUGGAAAGCAUGUUGUGUUCGGGAGAGUCGUGGAAGGGAUGGAUAUUGUGAAAGCUAUUGAGAAAGUUGGAUCUUCUUCUGGAAGGACCUCCAAGCCUGUUCAGAUUGCUGAUUGUGGCCAGCUUUCUUGAGUUUUUAAGAUUUACUUUGGUCUGGACUGCUUUGGAUUUGCUUUUAUGAAUUUCUCCUGUUUUUCUUUCAGUAUGUUUUUACUGAUGCAAGCAGAGAAAUAUUAUAAAUAAAAUUUAGUAAUGUUGUUGCUACUA